AUGACGACGAGGGGCUUUUUUACUUAUAACGAUCUCUAUGAUGAUAAACCUGAAACGUAUCAUUAUCAAGAUAAUUAUAAAUUAUUAUCAUCGGGAAAGACAAAAAUUUUAUCGAUACCACAUACAACCAUCGCUUCGAUUCCAACAACAAAAACUUUUAUUAAAUUAGCCUCAUCAGCAACAAUGCAAUCUAGUAAUAAAUUGUAUCAACUCGCACAACUUGUUCCAUUUGAUUAUCUACAUUGGUUUUUUAUUGGACUUGCUAUUUUAUUAGCAUUAUUAUUAAUUAUUAUUUUUAUUUGUUAUUGUCAUGUUUAUUGUAGAAACGCUAACAAAUCUCGAAAUGAAACGAAACAACCAUUGCCGAAUUUUUAUCGAUAUCGAAAAGUCAAAGGAUCAUCUACUCGUACAAAUAAUAUUUAUGAAGCAACAGUGUCCUAUACGUUUCCUUCUCCGAAACGCCCAUGCCCAUUAAAUUCAAAAGAAUAUCUUAACAAUCAAACUCUUGGACAAGGUCUUGAUAUUACAGAUUCUCCACAAACGAUACGUUUGAAUAUCAGUCGAACAAAAUCACCAAGCCCACACAUGAAUAUAGCAUCUGAUUUACUCAGCGAAAUAAAAACUCGAUUGAGUAUUCGUUCGUCUGAAACAUCAAACAACACUAGCCAAUUAUGUGAAAUACCAGUAAAAGUAGAUUAA